CCCUGCCAGACCCGCCCCGCCGUCCUCCGCUGUGCCUGGGCCAGACCGCACGGGCCCCGGAUCGGGACCGGGACCGGGACCGGCCCGGCUAUGGCGGCCCCAGAGCGUCGCGCCUUCGCCCAGCGCAUCAACAGCAGGAUGGUGGCCUCCGAGGUACGGAAGCAGAUGUCGCGGGAGCAUGGGAGCUCCCCCCAGCUCUCAGAGCGUCGCAGUGGCUCCCACCAGACCGUGCCGCUGGCAGAGGUGGUGGAGCCACUGGAUGUGGAGGAGUUCCUGGCCGCCCACCCCCCUGAAGCUGAGUCAGGGCCCCUGCGUGACCUGGCUGACUUCCCACCUGAUGACCUCGAGGUCAUACAGGAGCCACGGGAGCUCCGCACAUUGGAGCCAGGGGUCCCUGAGGAGGGGAUGCUGGACAUGCGAACACAGGAUGCAGUGAAGACCUACACUGAGGACUGGCUGGUUGUACGCCGGAGGUACCAGGGCUUGAGCACGGCUUACACUCCCAUCACCCCGCAGCGGCAGCGAGAGCGGCAGCAGGGCCUGCCCCGGCAGGUCUUUGAGACAGAUGAGCCAGAGGUGGAGGAUGUGGAGGAGCGGCGGCGCAGCUCAGGCUCGUUGGAUGAGACGCCACGUGGCAGCUGGGCGUCUAGUAUCUUCGACCUGAGGAACUCAAUGCCUGAUGCACCGCUGCCCGGCCUGCUGGAGCGCACAGCCCCCGAGGAGGCUGACCUGCGCAAUGCUGCCCUGCGCAGGGAGGGCCGCCACCCUGAGAUCUUGGCCCUCUUUCCUGCCCCUGAUGAGGAUGAGGCAGUGGAGCGCCGCAGCCCCCCAGAAAUGCCCCGGGAGCACUUCGGGCAGCGCAUCCUGGUCAAGUGUCUGUCCCUUAAAUUUGAGAUUGAAUUCGAGCCCAUCUUCGGGUCUCUUGCCCUUUAUGACAUCAAGGAGAAGAAGAAGAUUUCAGAGAACUUCUACUUUGACCUGAACUCAGAAGCAGUGAAGGGGCUACUGCGGGGCCACAGUGCCCCCCCAGCCAUCUCUAGCCUGGCCCGUGCUGCCAUCUUCUCCAUCAGCCACCCCUCCCCUGAUAUCUUCCUUGUCAUCAGGCUAGAGAAGGUGCUGCAACAGGGGGACAUCGGGGAGUGCUGCGAGCCCUACAUGGUGCUGCGGGAGGCAGAUGGUGUCAAGAACAAGGAGAAGCUGGAGCGGCUGCGGACGGCGGCAGAGCAGUUCUGCAGCCGCCUGGGCCGGUACCGCAUGCCCUUUGCAUGGACAGCUGUACACCUGCGCAAUGUCCUCAGCAGCGCCAGUGCUCCCGAGCGUGACCCCCUGGACCCUGAUACUGGUGUGUGGGCAGAUCGUAAGGGCACCUGGAAGCGGCGGACACUGGAUCGCCUGAGCGUGGGGGAUGAGGCCUGUGGCUUUGGCAACUUCCGCCCGGCUACACUCACGAUCACCAACUUCUUUAAGCAGGAGGGUGACCGCCUAAGCGAUGAGGACCUGUACAAGUUUCUGGCUGACAUGCGGCGUCCAUCAUCUCUGCUGCGGCGGCUCCGUCCCAUCACAGCUCUGCUGAAGAUUGACAUCUCUCCGGCACCCGAGAGCCCCCACUACUGCCUGUCACCGGAACUGCUGCAUGUGCAGCCCUACCCUGACCCCCGUGUGCGGCCCACCAAGGAGAUCCUGGAGUUCCCUGCCCGUGAGGUCUUUGCCCCCUACACCAUGUACAGGAACUUGCUCUUCAUCUACCCCCAGAGCCUGAACUUCAGCUCGCGCCAGGGCUCCAUGCGCAACAUUGCCAUCAAGGUGCAGCUCAUGGCUGGUGAGGACCCCAGCCAGGCCCUGCCAGUGAUUUUUGGGAAGUCAAGCUCCAGUGAGUUUACACAGGAGGCCUACACAGCUGUGGUCUAUCACAACAAGUGCCCGCAAUUCUAUGAGGAGGUGAAGGUGAUGCUGCCGCCGGCACUGGGCGACAGCCACCAUCUUCUCUUCUCCUUCCACCAUGUGGCCUGCCAGCCCCGCCCCCACACCCUGCCUGACGCCCCCGUUGGCUACACGUGGGUGCCUCUGAUGCAGCAUGGGCAGCUGCGCACGGGACCCCUGUGCCUGCCUGUCUCUGUGGACAAGCCUCCCCCCAGCUACUCUGUCCUCACCCCUGACGUGCAGCUGCCUGGCAUGAAGUGGGUGGACAACCACAAGGGCGUGUUCCAUAUGGAGCUGCGGGCCGUCUCCUCUGUGCACACACAGGACCCAGCACUGGAGCGGUUCCUGGCACUGGGGAGGGCGUUGGAGGUGGGGCCAUGUGGUGGGCGGGGGGCAGCGGUGCUGGAGGCAGAGCUGCGGGCCAGUCUGGGGGGGUUGCGGGGGGCCCAGCCCCAGCCCCUCGUUGCCUUCAGCCACCAGCUGCUUGAUCGGCUCCUGCGCCUCCUCACCCGUCCUCCUCUUAUCAACGGCCAGACCGUGAAUGUGGGCCGGGCAGCCUUCGAGACCCUGGCCGUCUUGGCCAACCAGAUUGACCGCAGCUUGGAGGGCAGCCGGGACACCCACGGCCGCUGCCCCGUGCUGGCUGCCUAUGUGCACUUUGCCUUCCGCCUGCCCGGGACAGAACGCGAGGCCAACGCCCCGGACCAAGACCCCCUCCAUCCCCCCACUGGCCUCCCCCUAUCCCGUGCCAAGAGCAUCAGCUGUAGCAACCCCGACCUGGCCAGCAACCCCUGCUGCCCCGACGAGGAGGUACAGCACAUCCUGGGCACCAAGGGCAUCGACCGCUCACACUCAUGGGUCAACGCUGCCUACGCCCCUGGGGGCACCAAGGCUGUGCUCCGUCGCCCCCCACCCCCUGCUGGCCCCGACCCCAAGCAGCUGGUGCAUGAGGAGCUGGCGCUGCAGUGGGUGGUGAGUGCGAGCGUCGUGCGAGAGGCUGCCCUAUGCCAGGCCUGGUUCUUUUUCCAGCUCAUGACCAAGAGCCUAGCACUGCACCUGUACCGAGCUGGGCGGCUGGAGGCUCCGCGGCGCCUGCGCCUGCCCCAGCGCUUUGCUGAUGAUGUGGCUGCCCUGGUUUGUGCCCUCAGCACCGAGGUUGCUGCCCGCUGCCACCAGGACAUGGAGCUGGUGGAGCGCCUCAACACCAGCCUGGGCUUCUUCCUGGCUGACCUGCUGUCACUCAUGGACCGUGGCUUUGUGCUGGGCCUUGUCCGUGCCUACUAUAAACAGGUGGGGGCGCGGCUGGCAACUGCCCCGAAUCCGUCGGUGCUGCUGGGGCUGCGGCUGGAUCUGCUGCGCAUCGUCUCCAGCCACGAGCACUACGUCCCCCUCAACCUGCCCCUGGGCAGCCUCUCGCCCCCUGCCUCGCCCUCACCCUCUGUCUCCUCCCAGGGCUCGGCCUUUUCCAGUCAGGCACCGGAGCAGCGCUGGGCCCACAUGCUGGAGUUGUCAGGGCCCUUCCGACGGCAGCACUUCCUGGUGGGGCUGCUGCUGUCCGAGCUGGCUCUGAUCCUGGAAGCCGAUGGGGACGAUGCCUUGGCCCUGCAGAAGAAGGCUAUAGGGGCCCUGCACAACCUGCUGUGCAGCCAUGAAGCUGACCCUCGCUUGGCUACGCCUGCUGCCUGUGCCCUUGUGGCCCGUCUCUACCUGCCACUCAUCACCAUCGUCAUGGAUGUGCUGCCUCAGCUGCAUGAUUUCAGUGAGACUCACAGCCCACGUGGGCGCCUGGUCCCGUCCACGCUGGGGGAUGACGGUGAUGGAGAUGGCAGCACCAUCAGCCCUUCAGUGGCGAUGGCCAUUGCAGGGUCGCCCUUGCCACCUGUGCCCUGCCCUUGCCCCUCCCCGGGGCCGGCAGUUGGGGGGCGGGCGAGUGGGGGGCUAGCACCAGAGGCGACACGGGAGCUGCUGGGCUGCCUGCUGUGGGUGCUGAAGGGUGCAGACCCUGACGUCCUGCGGGGCUGGCUCACUGACCUGCCCCCUGCCCGCCUGGCCCGGCUGCUCGACCUGUUGCGGCUCUGCACUGCUGCCUUCUGCUACAAGGGCCGUCCAGGUGGAGAGCGCGGGCACCGCUUGCCCCUAGCCCAGUCACUGGACAUGCGGGCACGGCUGGAGGAGGCCAUCCUGGGCACUGUGGGUGCCCGCCGGGACAUGGUGCGCCGCAGCCGUGAGCGCAGCCCCUUGGGGCCACAUGAGAACGUGCGAUGGAGGAAGAGCCUGACACACUGGAGACCUAGCACCGAGAGGCCUGAUAAGACCAAGGAGGAGGUGGAGCAGGAGGUGCUGGUCGAGGGGAACCUGGUGACUGAGGCCAACCUGAUAGUGCUGGACACGCUGGAGAUUAUCGCCCAGACACUGCCACUGGCCGAGGCCCGGGACAGCCUGCUGGGGGUGCUGCUGCGGGUGCUGCUGCACAGCAUGGCCUGUGCACCCGGUGCCGUCUACCUGCAGCACAGCCUGGCCACCCAGCGUGCCCUGGUGGCCAAGUUCCCAGAGCUGCUGUUUGAGGAGGAUGCGGAGCUGGGAGCUGAGCUUUGCCUGCGGCUGCUGCGGCUGUGUGGGAGCCAUGUGGCUACAAUCCGGGCCCACGCCAGUGCCUCACUCUACCUGCUCAUGCGCCAGGGCUACGAGACUGCCCAUAGCUUUGCACGAGUGAAGCUGCAGGUGACGCUGUCGCUGUCUACGCUGGUGGGGACGUCGCGGAGUCUCAGUGAGGAGCAUCUGCGACGCUCACUGCGCACACUGCUCACCUACGCUCAUGAUGACCCCGAGCUGCACCACAGCCCCUUCCCAGAGCAGGUACAGGACCUGGUAUUCAACCUGCACAUGAUCCUGACUGACACGGUGAAGAUGAAGGAGCAUCAGGAGGACCCCGAGAUGCUGAUUGACCUCAUGUACCGCAUUGCCAAGGGCUACCAGAACUCACCGGACCUGCGGCUGACAUGGCUGCAAAGCAUGGCGCAGACACACGCGGCCCGGGGGGGCCACGCUGAGUCUGCCCAGUGCCUGGUGCAUGGUGCUGCCCUGGUGGCAGAGUACCUGAGCCUGCUGGAGGACCGGCGCCACCUGCCUGUUGGCUGCGUCUCCUUCCAGAGCAUCUCAUCAAACGUGCUGGAGGAAUCGGCCGUGGCCGACGACGUGGUGACACCGGGCGAGGAGGGCGUCUGCUCAGGGCAGCUCUUUACGGAACAGGGGUUGGUGGGUCUGCUCCAGCAGGCAGCCGAUGCCUUCACUGCGGCCGGGCUGUAUGAGGCGGUGAACGAGGUCUACAAGCUGCUCAUCCCCAUCCACGAAGCAAACCGUGACCACACACGACUGGCGACACUGCAUGGGCAGCUGCAGGAUGCGUUUGCCCGCCUCGCCCAGCCGAGUUCUGGCUGGGAGCGGAUGUUUGGCACCUACUUCCGCGUGGGCUUCUAUGGCGGGCGCUUCGGGGACCUGGACGAGCAGGAGUUUGUCUACAAGGAACCAUCGCUCACCAAGCUGCCCGAGAUCGCCCACCGCCUCGAGGAGUUCUAUGCCCAGCGCUUUGGGGAUGAUGUGGUUGAGAUCAUCAAGGACUCCAACCCCGUGGACAAAGCCAAGCUAGAGCCCAGCAAGGCCUACAUCCAAGUGACCUAUGUGGAGCCAUAUCUGGAGGCCUAUGAGCUACGGGAGCGUGUCACCGACUUCGAGCGCAGCUAUGGGCUUCGUCGCUUCCUUUUCUGCACCCCCCUGACACCGGGUGGGCGGGCGCACGGCGAGCUCCACGAGCAGUUCAAGCGCAAGACGUUGCUCACCACGGCCCAUGCCUUCCCCUACAUCAAGACUCGCAUCAACGUGGUCCACAAGGAGGAGAUCAUCCUGACCCCCAUCGAGGUGGCCAUCGAGGACAUGCAGAAGAAGACACAGGAGCUGGCGUUCGCCACCCGCCAGGACCCGGCCGACCCCAAGAUGCUGCAGAUGGUGCUGCAGGGCUGUGUGGGCACCACCGUCAACCAGGGCCCGCUGGAGGUGGCCCAGGUGUUUUUGGCUGAGAUCCCACAAGACCCCAAGCUCUACCGGCACCACAACAAGCUGCGUCUCUGCUUCAAGGACUUUACCAAGCGGUGUGAGGAUGCCCUGCGGAAGAACAAGGCUCUGAUUGGACCUGACCAGCGCGAGUAUCACCGGGAGCUGGAGCGCAACUACCAGCGCCUGCGGGAGGCACUGCAGCCUCUACUUAACCGCCGUGCCCCUCCACUCCCACCUCCCACAGUGAUUCCAUGACCCGCUUCAGGCCAAGGAAAGUGGAUGAUGAGAGGCACCUCAGAGCUGCAGCCUGGACCCCUGCCCUCCCCAGCACCUCCUGGGGGACCCCAACACUGGCUUGGGGGGAGGGGGAGCUGAGGACAUCCCUACUAGUACCCACCAGCCUUGGGGGACCUGUGCUGCUGCCCUACCCCGCCAGGCUGUUUACCCCUCAAGCCCCAUUUACCUCCCCAGCCCCAUUCCCCCCCUCCCCCAUUUUAUUUAUGAAACAAUUUAUAAAGAACCCCCCUUUGUAUUCAGAGGCA